AUGGUCGCGUUCCUGGUUGCUGACAACUGCAGCAUCAACAAAAGGAUCGCCACGUUGCUCGAUCUGCCACUCGUCAGGUGCGCGAGCCACCGGUAUAACUUGGCGGUAAACCGGUCUCUGGCUCCGUAUGAAGCCGAAUUGGCAGCGGUCAACGACCUCAUGGUGCAGCUUCGUCACUGCAAUAACGCGGCGGAGCUAGCGAAGCACACUGAGCUGAAACCCAUCAAACGGAAUACCAUUCGCUGGUCCUCGACCUUUGAGAUGAUCCAUCGCUACAAGCGAAUCCGUGAUGCUAUUAGGCAGGUUGAAGCUGUUGAGGAGUUUAUCCCCACGGGUGCCACGCACAAGAAAGUUGUCGGGCUCCCGGAGCACCUCAAGAAGCUGGACAGUGUAUGCAAGGUGCUCCAAGAUGACAGGACGGCCAUGGCGGAUGUUCGUGUCCUGUUCGACCCAUUGAUCGACGACUACCUGGUCAUGGCCAGUCACCAACGUUUGAAGGCGCUUUGGUCAAGCGAAAGAAAAGAGGACAGCUACGCGGUCGAAAUUCUCCGAGGGAGCAAGAAGAAGCGCAACGCUGUGGCACAAUCGGUGAGCUACAGCGAGCUUGCGAAGAUGGUGCCUCCAACCUCGAAUACGGUUGAGCGCCUCUUCUCGCAAUGCAAGCUGAUUUUGACGCCCCAGUGUGCGUGUUUGUUGCCUGCCAACUUCGAAAUUCUGGCAUUUCUGCGAGUCAACCGCGACUUGUGGAAUGCAUCAACUCUUGUUGACGUCGAGUAG